AUGUUACUAGAGGAUCUGCAGAAAUGGAAUUCGACGAAGAGAGGUCCACGGAGCAACAAUGUGUUCAAUGCGCGAUUCAGGCAGUACCUGCAAAUUAAGGGCAUUCUGCCUGCUGAUGGCAGAUUGCCAGCCAGUGCAAUGCCUUCAGUAGUCGAGGCCUUCAUUGAUGAAAUCAGAGAUGGCCCUGACAUUACAUUGCCACUCAUGGAUUGGAGUAGUGAGCUGAGCUCUCUAUGGAAUAAGGAACUGAUACUGCUCCUCUCUCAAGAAUUUUUCCAGUGA